AUGGCGACCACGAACAGCCUCGACACCUCCAAAUUCACGAACUUCGAUGGCGCGGCCGGACAUGAAGGCGUACUCUCCGACCAGUCUGAUACAUUGGCCAAGCAUCCCGAGUUCUCCGAACUCAUGCCAAACUUCAUGGGAGUUCUUCAGCUGGGUGCUGCUGCACAAGUCCAAGACGCCACGGCUGCAAGCGACCUAUUAGAUGCCGCUCAUUCGCAGAAAGAAGAGCGUCUGCAUGGCAAAGCUCUAGCCACCGAGACAGCCAUCGUUCUGGAGAACCUUGAGCAUGGUUUCAGCAAACCCAACGUCCUCGACAUCAAGCUUGGCGCAAGGCUCUAUGCGGAUGCCACUGCUCCGGAGAAAGCGGCGCGUCUUGACAAAGUCGCAUCUGAGACGACUAGUGGGUCUCUGAACUUCCGCAUCGCUGGCAUGAAAGUCUGGAACGGCAAGGCAUAUGACGAGUACGACAAAUUCUAUGGUCGCAACUUCAGCGCAGAGAAUGUCAAAGAGGGCUUUGCCACAUUCUUCAGCGGGUUGUCAACAGGACUGAAGACAGACGAGGCCAUCCAAUUACUCGAGACAAUUGAAGCAGAAAUCUCCAAGGUCCGACAUGUGCUCGAGAAGCGGGAGUCGAGGAUGUACAGCGCCAGCGUUCUCAUUGUUUACGAAGGUGACAGCACGGCGCUUGACACUUUGAUGGGAAACGUACCGAAGACGCCCCGCCUUCAGGAGAAGAUGCCGACGUUGGGUGAAGUUAAGCGGAGCGAGGAAGAAGAGGAAGACGAAGAAGUACCGCCAGUAGUGUUCAUGGUGAAGAUGAUCGACUUCGCGCACGCUACAUGGACCCCCGGCCGGGGCAAGGACGAAAACCUUAUCACUGGCUUGAUGAACGUCGAGAAGCAGAUGGAUGGACUGAUUCAGCAGAUGGAACAAUUGUAA